GAGAGUCACAAACAACAUCCAAGGAAAUGAAAUGGCUGAAUUGCCAGUGUCAGAACGAAAUACUGACCCAGCACGCUCCAACGGGAGGUUCACUAUCAGCACCCUGAUCGGCACUGAGGACAACGGCAGGAUGCAUUACGGGCAGACAGAUACGGCCCCAUACGACACCACCCAAGCCAACCACCUCACCACCAACAGCACUUUCUAUAUGCGGACCUUCGGCUACAAUACAAUUGACGUUGUGCCGGCUUACGAGCACUAUGCCAACACAAAGAUCACCAAUGAAACCAAGAAUCCCAGACCCACCCUUGCUGAUCUGCACUCAUUCCUCAAGCAAGAAAGUAUCCACAUCCGUCCCCCAGCAUAUGAACUUCACAGAAACGAUGGCCUUUCUGAAGAAGAAACGGAAGAAGUGGCCAGUGAGGGGGCCGAGAACCCCCAGAGCGAGCCUGUUCGUUUUGGGUGGGUUAAAGGGGUGAUGAUUCGGUGCAUGCUUAAUAUUUGGGGCGUCAUUCUUUACCUCCGGCUGCCAUGGAUCACUGCACAAGCAGGGAUAGCACUGACAUGGGUGAUCAUACUGAUAUCUGUGACAGUGACCACCAUCACUGGACUUUCAAUCUCAGCAAUUUCUACGAAUGGCAAAGUCAAAUCAGGUGGGACCUAUUUCCUCAUUUCCAGAAGCCUUGGGCCUGAGUUGGGAGGCUCUAUUGGCCUCAUCUUUGCUUUUGCCAAUGCCGUAGCUGUGGCCAUGCACACUGUGGGCUUUGCAGAAACAGUGCGGGACCUUCUUCAGGAAUACAAUUCUCCAAUUGUAGACCCCACAAAUGACAUCCGAAUUAUUGGAGUUAUCACCGUGACUGUGCUGCUCGGCAUUUCCUUGGCUGGAAUGGAAUGGGAAGCUAAGGCCCAGGUUCUCUUCUUCAUAGUCAUCAUGAUCUCCUUUGUAAACUAUGUUGUUGGGACAAUAAUCCCAGCAAGCGUGGAAAAACAAGCAAAAGGAUUCUUCAGUUACAGAGCGGAUAUAUUUGCUCAGAACUUCGUGCCCCACUGGCGUGGGCCUGAUGGCAGCUUUUUUGGUUUGUUUUCAAUCUUUUUCCCAUCUGCUACUGGCAUCUUGGCAGGAGCCAACAUUUCAGGUGAUUUGAAGGAUCCUGCUAUAGCUAUUCCUAAAGGUACCCUUAUGGCUAUUUUCUGGACAACAAUAUCGUAUCUGGUUAUUUCUGCUACAAUUGGUGCUUGUGUGGUCCGGGAUGCAUCUGGAAAUGUGAAUGAUACCCUUCUCAUUGGAUCUCCAGGCUGUGAAGGAAUUGCUUGUGAUUAUGGUUGGAACUUCACAGAGUGUGCCCAAAGUCACAGCUGUCGCUAUGGGCUCAUUAACUAUUACCAGACCAUGAGCAUGGUGUCUGGCUUUGCACCUUUGAUCACAGCUGGAAUCUUUGGUGCCACCCUCUCUUCUGCUUUGGCCUGCCUUGUUUCAGCACCCAAAGUCUUCCAGUGCCUGUGUAAGGAUCAACUCUAUCCUGUCAUUGGCUUUUUUGGGAAAGGAUAUGGAAAAAAUAAUGAGCCUAUCAGGGGCUAUAUGCUGACUUACGUUAUUGCAUUUGGGUUUAUUCUCAUUGCGGAACUGAAUGCUAUUGCCCCCAUCAUCUCCAAUUUCUUCUUGUGUUCCUAUGCUCUCAUCAACUUCAGCUGCUUCCAUGCCUCCAUUACAAACUCACCAGGUUGGAGGCCGUCAUUCCGGUAUUACAGCAAGUGGGCAGCUCUGUUUGGUGCCAUUGUGUCUGUAGUCAUUAUGUUUUUGCUGACCUGGUGGGCAGCCCUCAUUGCCAUUGGAAUUGUGGUUUUCUUGCUGGGAUAUGUUCUGUACAAGAAGCCUGAGGUAAACUGGGGCUCCUCGGUCCAGGCAGGUUCCUACAACAUGGCUCUGAAUUAUUCUGUAGGACUCAAUGAGGUUGAUGAGCACAUUAAAAAUUACAGGCCUCAAUGUUUGGUCCUCUCUGGCCCUCCCAGUUUCCGGCCAGCACUUGUGGAUUUUGUGGGCACCUUUACAAAAAACUUGAGCCUGAUGAUUUGUGGGAAUGUGUUAAUUGGGCCAUGGAAACAGAAGUUGUCUGAGCUCAGGCUCACAUCAAGGGACCAUACCGAGUGGCUCACCAAGAGAAAGAUCAAGGCUUUCUAUACUGAUGUCUUAGCUGAGGAUUUGAGAACUGGGGCACAAAUACUCAUGCAGGCCACUGGUCUUGGGAAAAUGAAACCCAAUGUCUUAGUGAUUGGAUACAAGAAAAAUUGGCAAGUGGCUCAUCCCCAGACAGUGGAGGACUACAUUGGGAUUCUGCAUGAUGCUUUUGAUUUCAAGUAUGGUGUGUGCAUGAUGAGGAUGAAAGAAGGGCUAAAUAUUUCCAGAUUUAUGCAAGCUCAUGUUAACCCAGUUUUUGACCCAGUAGAAGAUCCCCAGAAGAACAGUGAUGCCCCUGCAGCAAUAAGCACAUUGGAUCCUGAUGCGCUGGUAGCAGAACAACAGGCAAGCACUAUUUUCCAGGUGGAGCAGGGCAAGAAAACCAUUGACAUCUACUGGCUAUUUGAUGAUGGAGGUCUGACCCUUCUGAUCCCAUACCUCCUUGGCCGCAAGAAGAGGUGGGGGAAGUGCAAGAUCCGGGUGUUUGUUGGUGGGCAGAUCAACAGGAUGGAUGACGAGAGGAAAGCGAUAAUUUCCCUAUUAAGCAAGUUCCGACUUGGAUUCCAUGAGGUGCACAUCCUUCCUGAUAUCAAUCAGAAACCUCAACCUGAACAUGUGAAGAGAUUUGAUGACUUAAUCGCCCCAUUCAGACUCCAUGAUGGCUUCAAAGAUGAGGCAAUGGUGAAUGAGUUAAGACACGAUUGUCCAUGGAAGAUUUCUGAUGAGGAGGUCACCAAAAACAAAGCUAAGUCCCUUCGGCAAGUAAGGAUGAAUGAAAUCUUGCUGGAUUACUCGCGGGAUGCAGCUCUCAUAUUCAUAACCCUGCCGAUAGGCAGAAAGGGGAGAUGUCCUAGUAGCCUCUAUAUGGCCUGGCUGGAAACCCUGUCACAAGAUCUGAGACCUCCUGUCAUCUUGGCCCGUGGCAAUCAAGAAAACGUCUUGACAUUUUACUGCCAGUAAUUCCUGGAUCAGCAAGAGCAAAGCAUUGGAUCAAGAUGGAAAUUAUUUUUGGACUGAGAUGGAUCCUGUCUUUGGACUGAUCUUUACAGGGGUUUUGUUUCAGUUUGUGGAUGCCUCCAAUAAAGACUAGUACCAGACAAUUCUUGGGCAAUAAGAACUUCCUUCUUUAUUGGUA